GUGAGAAGCGCCACUGCUUUGAUGUCAACUAUAAUCCCAGCUAUAUGUAUGAGAAAGAGAGUGAGAUCAUACAGACCCGCAUGAUGGACCAAGCCAUCAAUAAUGCCAUCAGUUAUCUUGGCGCCGAAGCCCUGCGCCCCUUGGUCCAGACACCGCCUGCUCCCACCUCCGAGAUGGUUCCAGUUAUCAGCAGUAUGUACCCCAUAGCCCUCACCCGGGCUGAGAUGCCAAAUGGUGCCCCUCAGGAGCUGGAAAAGAAGAGCAUCCACCUUCCAGAGAAGAGCCUGCCUUCUGAAAGAGGCCUCUCCCCCAACAACAGUGCCCACGACUCCACGGACACUGAUAGCAACCAUGAAGAACGCCAGAAUCACAUCUACCAGCAAAAUCACAUGGUCCUUCCUCGGGUCCGCAAUGGGAUGCCCCUUCUGAAGGAGGUCCCCCGCUCUUAUGAACUCCUCAAGCCCCCACCCGUUUGCUCAAGAGACUCCAUCAAAGUGAUCAACAAAGAAGGGGAUAUGAUGGAUGUAUACCGGUGUGACCACUGUCGCGUCCUCUUCCUGGAUUAUGUGAUGUUCACUAUUCACAUGGGCUGCCACGGUUUCCGUGACCCUUUUGAGUGUAACAUGUGUGGAUAUCGAAGUCAUGAUCGGUAUGAGUUCUCAUCUCACAUAGCCAGAGGAGAGCACAGAGCCUUGCUGAAGUGA